UACCUAUUGAUGAUAUAAAAAUUUAAUGCUUUUUUGGUUUAAUCAUUCUAUACCAAUUUCGGUAAAUAUCUUGUGAAUUUGGCAGUUGAUCAAUGAAUAUUUAUGAUAACAUAUUUGUGAUUUAUUCAUAUUUAUAUUUGCAAUAUUAUAAAUAAAUACCAGAGAUUUUAUUCUAUUAUUUGACUUAAUAUUUCAGCUGUGCUUUUCUAUUCGUUUUUAGUUUUCAUUUGAUCAUAAUAUUUGAUAAGAAUUAAUUUAAAUUGGUGUAAUAAAGAGCAGCUCAUGAAAAUAAGUCAAAUAGAUAAACUCAAAAGUAUUUAAAGAGAUUUAAUUUGGAGAAAUUCUAGUGAGAUUUUCUUGGGAAAAUCAAAAGGCAAAUUUGGCAACACUGCGCCAUUCUUAGAAUCUACCUUCUCUUCUGUCACGCGUUCUUUACUGCGAACACUCGUUCAGUGUUUUUAAUUUUUCAUCUUUUUACUCGUUUAAUUCACUCAUGAUUAUUUAUUAACACUUUUGGUACUUUUAAUAAGUGUUUUUAACAAUGAUGAGCGACGACGAUCGCGAUAUAGACAUUGAAAGUGACGCUGAAAACGAUUCAGAUUCAAGAACACAUGCGAGAAACAGUAUUGGUGGAAGCGGAUAUUACUCUCAGGCAGACAAAAGGGCUCAUCACAACGCACUGGAAAGAAAAAGAAGAGAUCAUAUAAAGGAUAGUUUUACUUCCUUAAGAGAAUCUGUACCAGCAUUGCAAAAUGAAAAAGUGGCAAGUCGAGCCCAAAUAUUAAAGAAAGCAGCAGAAUAUAUUCAAUUUAUGAGGCGGAAAAAUAACUCACAUCAACAGGACAUUGAAGAUUUAAAAAGGCAAAACAAUUUGCUUGAAACGCAAAUUCGUGCCCUAGAGAAAGCUCGUGCAACAGGAAACUUUAUGGAUGCCCAUGAGUUGGGUCUUGGCAUCAAAUCUGAGAGCAGUUCACAUGAUACAGAUAGUUCUGAUGGAGAAGGUACUACACGGCGUGUUAAGAAACUCAAGAUCCACUCCACAGGGUAGACAUAUGUGAUACUGUAGUCUGUAGGGUGGACAAUAAGUAAGUGUGAGUACUGGAGUCCCAUUCAUGUUUCUUCUUCUCAGUAGUAACAUUCUUGGCAGAGUGGUUGUGGUCAUCUGGUGUAGGUGAUGUAGCUUGCCUUACGA